AUGCAACCUCUGGGGCUCCACAAGCCGGAACCGCCCAAGACAACAGGUACAACAGCGUCUGAGCGCCAAAGACUGCAGCAGCUGCUUACUGCAGAAGAGUUGGGAGACAGGCGCCCUAGCCAACUGCUGCGUGACAUGCAGAAUCUUCUUGGCGGGCGAGCCUCUCCGUUCGACCCUGCUCUCCUUAAGGAAUUAUUCCUUCAACGGUUACCCUCCAGCGUGCAAAUGAUCCUCGCCACGGCUGCCACUCUACCACUCCAAGAUUUAGCAGCGCACGCAGACAAAAUUAUGGAGGUAUCGUCACCUACUCCCGUCGUUUCGGCGAUUCCUACCGUGACCCCGCCUCCUGCCCUUCCCGUCUGCACCGCCCCUCUUCCACAGAUGCCUGCUCCCAACACUCUUGGACAAUUGCUUGAAAGCUUUGAGCGUCUGUCCACGAUCGUGGCGUCAGCACUCGUCCCUCGAAAUCCCCGACCCCGAGGUCGCGAUCCAUCUCGACGUCGUUCACCCAGCCUACGGCGCUCCCCUCAGCGUUCUCGCGAGGCACCUCCAGGAGACCGUACAGGUUAUUGUCGCUGCCACAGGCGGUAUGGCGUUCAAGCGCAGCACUGUAUACUCCCGUUUCUGGCUGGUACUCCCGUGCAGCUGGCAGGGAAACCUUCCCGGAGGCCGGUAACGGCUGCGUCCGCCUCCACUCCUGACAGCAGCCGACUCUACUUCGUAACGGACAAGGCAUCCGGGACCCGUUUUCUUGUAGAUGCCGGCGCAGAAGUCAGUAUUCUACCAGCUGCGGCUGCCGAUCGCCGCCGUACAGCCAUGUUCCAUCUAACCGCUGUGAAUAAUACCGGCAUCCCCGUCUAUCGACAACAGUCCCUUACCAUCGACCUCGGGCUUCGCCGAUCGUUUCCCUGGCUGUUUUUAGUCGCCGCCGUGGACAGACCUAUCUUGGGCGCCGACUUCUUGCGUCAUUUUCGUCUACUGGUUCACGUAGGCCGCAAGCGCCUAGUCGACUCUUGA